AUGACGGACGGUACCAGUGCUUCAGUACUUCAGGAUAUCAGUGCUUCAGGAGUCGAUCGGAUUUCAGUUAAAAUCCCACCGUUCCUGCAAAUGGAAAACCAAUUUACACUGGCAAACAUAACAAGUGACGCAACAAAAUUUAACUACAUAGUUGCUAAUCUCGAAACAGCUUACAUAUCAGAAGUUAGGUACAUCAUUGUGUCACCACCAGCUAUAGAGAGACUACUUGAGCAUGAAGAACUGGGCGAUCGAAGACCUUCCCAAUUUUUACGACAUUUACAGUCUUUAGCAGGCACAACGGUACCAGACAAUAUUGUAAGGUCUCUGUGGUUAGGUAGACUACCAUCGUCUACACAGGCUAUUUUAGCUACUCAAGCUAAAGCUAAUUUGGACGCAGUUGCCGAGCGAGCUGACACAAUCUCUGAAGCUAUAGCUCCUAGAGCCCAAAUUUCAGAAGCUUCUAACGCGCUUGAAAGUACCAUCGAUAAAUUGACAGCCGAAUUAGCUGAAACGAAAAUUCAGCUAGCUAGCUUGUCAAAUGCUCAAGCACAAGCUAACACACAUCGUCGUAACGGCAGCAACUCAAGAGGAAGACCAUAUCCUAGAGAUAGAAGCUACAGAAAGGAGCGUAAUAGUGACAUUUGUUGGUAUCACUACCGUUUUGGUGACCAGGCUCAAAAGUAUUCUCCUCCGUGCAAGCAUCAGGGAAACAUCGCGGGCAGUCGGUAA